AUGGAAGAAAAUCUCAUUUCUAUCGAAGAAUAUGCUCAAAAAAUUGAAAACGAGCUUAGAGAAAUCGCGAAUUUUAGUGAUGACGAAAACAAGAAGAUUGCCAAUUCAUUUGCGAAGUUCGACACCCAGCAACUCGGCACCAUUGACAAAUGCCUCCUCGUAAAUGUGAUCAAAGAGUCCGAAAUCAAAAUCCCCAAAAAACGAGCUCGGGAGCUCUCAAUCUCGCUUCAAACAAAGCUCCAUGGCGAAGUCUCCCUCGACGAAUUCGUUGCUUUGGCGAAAUCAGUCGCUUCUACUGGCUCCAUUGACAGUAGCUUGCUCAAACGGGCAGACCAUACGCUGCCAAAAGGGCAUCUCAACUUGGGGACAAUUUCGGACGGAACAGUUGAAAAAGUCAAAAGCAGCAGGGAAGAGGGAAAAAUGAAACGAGCGCCAAGCUGCGAGUUUUUGGAUUCCGUCGAUGAAAUGGAAAGGAAUCCGAUUUUGCUCUUCAAAAUGUCCGACUACGCCCAAAAACUGUUUGACGAACUCGUCUCCCUGGGAAUUUCCGAAGAAGAUCGAGUCACAAUCGCCGGAGGUUUUUCCGAGCAAGACACGGACAAAACCGGCCAAGUUCCUGAAAACUACCUCGACGGGCUCUUCAAAAGCUGUUUGAGAGAACUCCCCGGCUACGAAAUCAGACGGAUCAUGGAAGCAAGGGGAGAUGAUCAAGGAAAGAGUCUGACGAUUCUGAGUUUUGCGGAGAUCUUUAUGGCGGAGAAAAAGUCGGAUGUUUGCAAUCAGUUCAAGAGCUCAGUCAAACAAGCAAAAGGCCUCAUCAACAAAAAGAACCACGAAGUCGAAAUUUCCGAAAAACAAACGGAAAGCUAUCUCGCCUCGCAUGCCUACUCCCUCGCCGAGCGCCGCGCCUUUUCCACUUGGAUCAACCAGCACUUGUCUUCCGACCAGGAUUGCCGCCGCCACUUGCCGCUCGAAGUCGAAACGGAAGCGCUCUUCAAAUGCGUUUCCGAUGGCAUCAUCCUCUGCAAAGCGAUCAAUUGCGCGAAACCGGGAACAGUUGAUGAGCGAGUCAUGAAUAAAAGCGAGAACAUGAAUAUCUUCCAAAAAGCGGAAAACAUCAUCCUUGGUCUAAACAGCGCCUUGGCACUUGGUUGCAAAGUUGUGAAUAUCAGACCGGAUGAUAUCAAAACAGGCGUGCCGCAUCUUGUCCUGGGUCUUCUUUGGCAAAUUAUCCGACAUAGUCUUCUCUCGAAAAUCUCCCUCGCCAAGAAUAUCGACAUUGCCGCCCUUCUCCGACCCGGCGAAAAUAUCAAAAGCUUGGACGAAAUGAACCCCGAGCAGAUUCUCAUGCGAUGGGUCAACCAUCAUCUUCACAACUCCGCAGACAACGACGAUGAAGCCGCGAAAAUUCUGAGAAACAAGGGGCUAAAAGAAAAUGGAGAGUUCGUUGGCAAUUUUGGAAGUGAUUUGUCGAACUCCGUCGCGUUUAUAAACCUUUUGGAGCAAAUUUCACCAUCGAAUUCGACAAAAAAUCUCGCCGCAAAAGUGAUCAAAAUUGCUGACAAACGGGCUCGAGCUGCGUCGAUGCUGGAAAUGGCAAAAGCAAUCGGCAUGAAUCCGAUUUUGACGCCGGACGAUAUCGUCAACGGAAAUGAAAAGCUCAAUCUCGCCUUUCUAGCCGCUUUGUUCAACAAGCAUUCUGGGCUGUCAAAGGCGGACAUCGCGCAAGAGGUACUGGAUGAGCUGGAUUUGGAGAACUUGGAAGAGCUGGAAAACUUGGUCGAAGAGGAAACUAGAGAAGAAGAAACUUAUCGAAAUUGGGUGAACUCACUUGGAUUGCAGCCAUUUUCAAAAAUGAUGCCAUCAACAGUGUCGCGUCUGUACUCCGACUUGCGCGAUGGACUGUACUUAUUAAAGAUCGAGGACGAAAUCAAGCCCGGAGCUGUCAACUGGUCUCGUGUUCAUAAAUCCUACGACAAGUGGCAGCGGCACAUGCGAUGCAUGGAAAAUUGCGCCUAUGCUGUUGACGUUGGCACGAAAAAACUCAACUACUCGCUCGUUGGAAUUAACGGCGCGAAUAUUUACGAAAUGGAUCGGACCAGAACCCUAGCGAUUCUUUGGCAACUGAUGAGGAGUUAUAUGACCAAGGUUUUGUCCAGUAUGGAUGGGGAGAUCAGGGACAAUGAGAUUAUGCAAUGGUGCAAUGAUACCCUAGGGAAACACCAAAAAGAAUCAAGAGUGAAUUCGUUCAAGGACAAAGAUCUGGCAUUUGCAGUGAUAGAUCUAUGCGAUGUCAUCUCUCCUCGAUCAGUCGAUUACAACAUGGUAGCCAAAAGCAUCGCUUCCGACGGUUUUAUGGCACCAGAUGAGCGGCUUCAAAAUGCCCAGCUAGCGAUCAAUCUUUCUCGAAAAAUUGGCGCGAAGAUUUACGCUUCUCCGAUGGACUUGGUCGAAGGAAAGCAAAAGAUGAUUUUGACCAUUUUUGUUGGCCUAAUGUCGAGGAGCUUUGAAAAGGCCGAGCAAGGCAAUAUUCUGCCUGUAUAA